GCCAGGCCCAGCACACAGAGAGACAGAUAAGGACAGAGUUUGAGAAACUUCAGCAGUUCCUAAAAGAUGAAGAGGCAGCCAGGAUCACUGCACUGAGGGAGGAAGAGGAGCAGAAGAGUCAGAAGAUGAAGGAGAAGAUUGAGAAGAUGACAGAAGCGAUAUCAUCCCUCUCAGAACAGAUCAGAGUCAUAAAACAGGAGCUGGGAGCUGAAGACGUCUCAUUCCUGCAGAAGUACAAGGACACACAAAACAGAGCCCAGUGCACACUGGGGGAUCCAGAGAAGGUCUCAGGAGCGCUGAUUGAUGUGGCCAAGCACCUGGGCAAUCUGAAGUACAGAGUGUGGGAGAAGAUGCUGGGGACUGUUCAAUACACUCCUGUGACUCUGGACCCAAACACAGCACAUCCUGAACUCUCACUGUCUGAGCAUCUGACCAGUGUGAGAUACAGUGGUAAGAGUGAGCAGGUUCCUGAUAAUCCAGAGAGAUUUGAUUGGUGGUGUUGGGUGCUAGGCUCUGAGGGAUUCAACUCAGGGAGACACUGCUGGGAUGUAGAAGUGGGGGGUGUGGCCUGGAUGGUGGGUGUGGUUAGAGAGUCCAUCGGCAGAAAAGGGGGUGUGGCUCUGAACCCAGCAGGAAGAGUGUGGGGUAUAGGGCUGAUCAGUGGGAAAUACACAGCACUGACCUCCCCACUUACAGUCCUCACUGUGCAGAGGAAACUCCAGAGGGUCAGAGUGCAGCUGGACUGGGACAGGGGGGAGGUGUCAUUCUCUGACCCCAGUGACAACACUCCUCUCUACACUUUUAAACACUCCUUCACUGAGAGACUGUUUCCUUUCUUUUGUACUCUGGAGACUCUGCGGAUCUGUCCACUGGAGGUGUUUGUAAGUGUUAAAUAGCACUGUGGGAUUGUGGGUAAACAUCAGUUGAAGUAAAAUGACUUUAUUUAUGAAACUCCAAGCAGGUUUACUACAGACAUGAACAAAAUAUUUUCUAUUAUCUGAAAUGUAAAUACAAACAUUCUAAAGUGCUUGAUGACAAAUGUCUGAUCUCUCUGAUAUAACCUCACAGUGUUAUUACUGAGUAAUUACUGUGGUACAUGGUGGUAUUGUAAGUACACUGGUGUGUGUGUGUAAUGAGUGAUUACUGUGGUAUAUGGUGGUAUUGUAAGUACACUGGUGUGUGUGUAAUGAGUUAUUCCUGUGGUACA